AUGAGGUACGUUGUGAUUGCUGUCAAUUUGUUUUGGCUUUUUGUGUUUCUUGUUGGAUAUUCAUUGAGCAAACGGCAUGGUAUGUUAUAUUAGACUUGGUUAAGAAAAGAAUUUCAACUGAUAGUUGUUUAUGAUGUUUUAUUCAGGGGUAUUAUUUUAUAAUUUGAAAGUUUUGAUAACAAAAAGUUUAAUAACACUGUUUUUACAGGUCUCAUAAGAACAGGGUUGAUGUUAACCGCCGUAUGUUGUUAUACCUUUUGGCUUAUUGUGUUUCUACACCAAAUGAAUCCGUUGAUUGGCCCGGAGAUUCCGAAAAAGGAUUUGUGGUGGAUAAAUGAACGAUGGGGAGCUGUUCACACUCUGAACAAGCGAGAAGUGCCAGACGAUUGCUCUGGAACUUGCUACAAGAAUUUUUAA